CCAAUCACAGCCAAACACACGAUAGACGCUGCCACGUCAAAAUCGCUCACGAAGCGAAUGAAGCAGCGUUUUCGACAUUUUAUUGUGUUUCGUCUUCCGAGUAGGCUAAGUACAGGAAUUAAAUAAUCAAGAUGCGUGUAGUAUUAUUUUCAUUAGCCAUAGCCUUUUUAGGUUUUGCGCUCGGAGACGAGGUUCAAACUGAAGAAAAUGUACUAGUUCUCACAAAAAGCAACUUCGAUAGUGUUGUUUCUACAACAGACUUCAUUCUAGUGGAAUUUUAUGCACCAUGGUGCGGUCAUUGCAAGUCACUAGCCCCGGAAUACGCCAAGGCUGCCACAAAACUAGCAGAGGAAGAAUCUCCCAUCAAGUUGGCCAAGGUUGACGCCACACAAGAACAAGAUCUUGCUGAGAACUAUGGAGUCCGAGGUUACCCAACCCUCAAGUUCUUCAGGAAUGGCAGCCCUAUUGACUAUUCUGGUGGUCGGCAAGCUGAUGACAUUGUCGCCUGGUUGAAGAAGAAGACUGGUCCCCCUGCCAUUGAGGUUACAUCAGCUGAGCAAGCUAAAGAGCUCAUUGCUGCCAACCCAGUCAUUGUCUUUGGUUUCUUCACUGACAAAAAUGCAGCUAAAGCUAAGACCUUCCUGGGUAUUGCUGCCGUUGUUGAUGACCAAGUAUUUGCUUUCGUCCAAGAUGAGAAGCUUGUUAAGGAGUUGGAGGCUGAGAAUGAAGACGUCGUUCUAUUCAAAAACUUUGAAGAGCCCCGUGUCAAGUAUGAGGCUGAGAAAUUCGACGAAGACCUGUUCAAGUCAUGGGUGUUUGUCAACAGCAUGCCAACCAUUGUGGAGUUCUCCCACGAGACUGCUUCCAAAAUCUUCGGUGGACAAAUCAAAUACCAUCUCCUUCUCUUCCUGUCCAAGAAGAAUGGCGAUUUCGAGAAGUACCUCGACAACCUGAAGCCUGUUGCCAAGGCCUACCGCGACAGGAUCAUGACCGUCGCCAUCGACACUGAUGAAGAUGACCACCAAAGAAUCCUGGAGUUCUUCGGUAUGAAGAAGGAUGAAGUGCCAUCGGCCCGCCUGAUCGCUCUAGAACAAGACAUGGCCAAGUACAAGCCAGCCAAUGACGAACUCACCGCCAACAGCAUCGAGGAAUUCGUGCAAUCUUUCUUCGCGGGCACCCUGAAGCAGCACCUGCUCAGCGAGGACCUGCCCUCGGACUGGAACGCCAAGCCGGUCAAGGUGCUGGUCGCCACCAACUUCGACGAGGUCGUCUUCGAUGAGGGCAAGAAGGUGCUUGUGGAGUUCUACGCACCAUGGUGCGGCCACUGCAAACAGCUGGCGCCGAUCUACGACAAGCUGGGCGAGCACUUCGAGAAAGAUGAUGACGUCAUCAUUGCCAAGAUGGACGCCACCGUCAACGAGCUGGAGCACACCAAGAUCACCUCAUUCCCCACCAUCAAACUCUACACUAAGGACAACCAGGUGCGCGACUACAACGGCGAGAGGACGCUGGCCGGCCUCACCAAGUUCGUGGAGACUGACGGCGAGGGCGCGGAGCCCACUCCCAGCGUGAGUGAAUUCGAAGAAGAGGAGGAGGCACCGGCGAGGGAUGAGUUAUAAGCACAUCAACUCUUAUGACACUUCCGUAGCAUAGGCCUGUAUAGAUUAUAAUUACUUUUAUACUUAACUACACUAAUGUUUGCAUUUCAUUCGCUAGACUGUUAUCUCUAAAUUAUGUUGAGGUUGUACGUUGGAACUCGUUAUGUAAGUCUUUGAUAUUCAGCCAAUACUCUUUCAGUCCCCAAUCUAUUUAUUCGGAAAAAACAUAAUUUAAUAUGUAUGAACAGACAACAUAACUCGGUUUGUGUACAAUACAUUUAUAAUUUCUGUAUCAUAAUGGUAUAUUCUUUAACAUUCCUUAGUACAAGUUGUGUUACAUCGAACAAUGUUAUGUUUUGUAAGUAUAUUUUUAAUAAAACGUGAAUAUGGUGUUUUCAUCACAAGAAUAAAUAGAUUUUAUUUACAUAAGGCAAAACGGAUGUUGUGACGUUAAUCUAUUUUUUGUAAUUUUUAUUUUGUCGAAUGUUGUGUUUGUUUCAAGGUGCUGAAAAUGUAACCUAAAAUUCUUAUGUCAUGGAAUUCUAUGGAAUUAAUCUCAAUCCAUAUUUUAUAUACAUAAUUCUCAAUGUGUAAAUAUUGAUUGAAUUGCCAAACCUGCAUAUGUGUAUCUAUUGUGGAUACAGAAAUUGAUAAAUAAAUAAAAUUAAUAAAUAA